UCCGGUCCCGCUGCCCUCAGCGAAGAUGGCGGCAGUGGAGAAGCGGCGGCCGGCCGUGGCUCCGGCGGCCAGUUUCCCCGACAGCGGCCGGCCGGCGGUGUCCCGGACAGCGGCAGCGACCGAGAGUGAGGAGGACUUCCUGCGGCAGGUCGGCGUGACGGAGAUGCUGCGCGCGGCUCUGCUGAAGGUGCUGGAGGCGCGGCCCGAGGAGCCGAUCGCCUUCCUGGCGCACUACUUCGAGAACAUGGGCCUGCGCUCGCCUGCAAACGGCGGCGCCGGGGAGCCCCCGGGCCAGCUCCUGCUGCAGCAGCAGCGCCUGGGCCGCGCGCUGUGGCACCUUCGCCUGGCUCACCACUCCCAGAGGACGGCCUUCAACAACAACGUCGGCGUGGCCUACGAGUGCCUGAGUGCCAGUGGGCGCAAGAAGAAGCCGGGGCUGGACGGGCGCACCUACAGCGAGCUGCUCAAGCGCAUCUGCCGGGACGGGGAAGCCCCCGAGGAGGUCGUCGCACCGCUGCUGCACAAGAUCCAGUGCCGGGACCAUGAGGCCGUGCCGCUGGACGUCUUCCGCGCCGGGAUGCUCACCUGCUUCGUGCUACUGGAGUUCGUGGCGCGGGCCGGCGCCCUCUACCAGCUGCUGGAGGACCCCACGCUGGCUGUGGCCGACCGCCGCGUGGGCCAGGCCGUGCUGGACACCCUGGAGGGGGCCCUGCAGGCCAGCGACGGAGCUGCUGUGCCUGCCUGCUUCCUGGAGGCUGGCUCGCGCCUGGGCCCCGACAGCCUGGCGCUGGCCAUGGACCGCGCCCUGGUGGCUCGGCGGCCCAGCUCCCCCAUGACCCGGGAGGAGUUCCUGGAGAAGGCUGCCGCCCUCUUCAUAGCCAAGGUCAAGCCGGUGGGCUGAGCGCCCACACGCCUUCCCUGCCUCCUCCCCCUGGGCGGCUGGAGGCACCACAAGGUGGUAGCCCACC